AUGAAGUCUGCGCUGCUUGUGCUAUCGGCGGCGCUGCUCAGUGGCGUCGCUUCCAAGCACCACCACCACGUCGCCAAGCACGAACGCCACGAGAGAGAGAGGUGCUGCCACCGCACGAUGCACGGCCGGGAGCACUGGCACCCGCACCACCCCGAGUACACGCCGCCCGAGGUGACGCCGGCGCAGCGCCACGAAAUCGACAACGUUCUCCCGACGGCGUUCGACUGGUGCGAGCAAGGGGUGUGCGGGCCGUCGUGGAACCAGCACAUUCCGAAGUACUGCGGGUCGUGUUACCUCCACGGCGCGCUCUCGCAGGCGCAGGACCGCAUCAAGAUCAUGCACGCCAAGAAAGGCUUCACCGGCGCCGACGUCAUGCUCGGGCGCCAGAGCUUUCUCAACUGCGCGCCGGGGCACAACAUCUCCAACGGUUGUGACGGCGGCGAAGGCAUUGAUGUGUGGCGCUUCAUGGCCGACUACGGCCUUCCGGACGAGACUUGCCUCCCGUACAAUGCGACCGACUACGCCAAGUACACGUGGACCAACGGCACGUGCCCGCCCGAGGGCUACUGCAUGAACUGCAUGUACACGCCCGAGAGCCCCAAGGUGGCGCAGUGCUUUCCGGUCACCAAGAUGGUCCGGUACCGCGCCGCGUCGUUUGGCCAUAUCAAGGGCGAGCACGCGAUGCUGAAGGAGCUCCAGAACGGUCCGAUCACGUGCGGCAUCGCCUGCAGCGACGGCUUCUCGUACAACUACUCGGCCGGCAUCUUCAACGACACGACGGGCUUUAUGGACGUCGACCACGACGUCGAGAUUGUCGGCUACGGCGAGGAGGACGGUGUGAAAUUCUGGCACAUUCGCAACUCGUGGGGCUCGUACUGGGGCGAGAACGGCUUCUUCAAGAUCGUCCGCGGCACCAACAACCUCGGCAUCGAGUCCGACUGCACGUUUGUCGUCCCGGAUGUGAGUCAAGAAGACCUUGUCUGGAGCCAAACGCCAGCGUACGGCGGGUCCAUUUGGGGCAUCCGACCCUUCUCGGACGCUGCCAAGGCGCACCCGACCGUCCCCGAUACGUUGGACGUCACAGGUGGCGAAGGAAGACCGCUGCCGACGCCGUCCCCCGAGACAACGGCCGAUGCAUCGACAACGCCGGCAUCCACGACGGCCGAGAUCUUAGUCAACGCCCCGACGCCUAAACCAACCACCGAUACGCCCGAGUCGACCACCAAGAAACCAGAGCCGACGACGGAAAUGGUUUUGGCCAGCCCGACACCGACUACUGCCGAACCUCCGACACUGGCGCCGACGACACAUCGGCCGCCGGUCACACCCCGCGCAACACCGGUGCCGACGGGCAACGGGACGGACGACACCAUCAUGGCGCAGUCGGCAUCGUUCUCGCCCGUCACGUCGUUGUCGACGUCGACGCUCGCUUGCCUCGGGCUCCUCAUGGUGGUUGUGGCCGGCGUCGUCCUCCGCCGCUUUAUCAGCCGCCAUGCUCGCCACGACGCGUACGACAUUAUCAACUGA